AUGAAUAGCUUAACCAAACACAAGCGUAUUCAUACAGGUGAGAAACCAUAUCACUGUGAUAUCUGUGGUAAAUCAUUCUCUGUUCGCAGUAGCUUAACCAAACACAAACGUAUUCAUACAGGGGAGAAACCAUAUAGCUGUAGCAUCUGUGGUACAUCAUUCUCACAUCACAGUCACUUAAUUCGACAUACACGUAUUCAUACAGGGGAGAAACCAUAUCACUGUGAUAUCUGUGGUAAAUCAUUCUCUGAUGGCAGUAGCUUAACCAAACACAAGCGUAUUCAUACAGGGGACAAACCAUAUCACUGUGAAAUCUGUGGUAAAUCAUUCUCCGAUAGCACUACCUUAAUUAAACACAAACGUAUUCAUACGGGAGACAAACCAUAUCACUGUGAUAUCUGCGGUAAAUCAUUCUCUUGUGCUCAUAGCUUAACUAUUCACAAGCGUAUUCAUACGGGAGACAAACCAUAUCACUGUGAUAUCUGCGGUAAAUCAUUCUCUUGUGCUCAUAGCUUAACUAUUCACAAGCGUAUUCAUACGGGAGACAAACCAUAUCACUGUGAUAUCUGCGGUAAAUCAUUCUCUUAUGCUCAUAGCUUAGCUAUUCACAAGCGUAUUCAUACAGGGGACAAACCAUACCACUGUGAUAUCUGUGGUGAGUCAUGCUCUGAUGGCAGUAGCUUAACUAAACAUAAACGUAUUCAUACAGGAGAGAAACCAUAUCACUGUAAUAUCUGUGGUAAAUCAUUCACUGUUAGCAGUCACUUAACUCAACAUACACGUAUUCAUACAGGGGAGAAACCAUACCACUGUGAUAUCUGUGGUAAAUCAUUCUCUGUUAGCAGUAGCUUAACCAAACACAAGCGUAUUCAUACAGGUGAGGAACCAUAUCGCUGUGACAUCUGUGGUAAAUCAUUCUCACAAAAACAUCACUCAAUUAAACACAAUAAAUUCAAUCAACACAAACGUAUUCAUACCGAAGAGAAACCAUAUCAUUGUGAUAUCUGUGGUAAAUCAUUCUCUAAUGACAGUAACUUAACUACUCACAAACGUAUUCAUACAGGUGAGAAACCAUAUUCCUGUAAUAUCUGUGGUGAAUCAUUCUCUGAAAGCAGCAGUUUAUCUAAACACAAGCGUAUUCAUACAGGUGAGAAACCAUAUUCCUGUAAUAUCUGUGGUAAAUCAUUCUCUGAAAGCAGCAGUUUAUCUAAACACAAGCGUAUUCAUACAGGUGAGAAACCAUAUUCCUGUAAUAUCUGUGGUGAAUCAUUCUCUGAAAGCAGCAGUUUAUCUAAACACAAGCGUAUUCAUACAGGUGAGAAACCAUAUUCCUGUGAUAUCUGUGGUAAAUCAUUCUCAGAAAGCAGCAGCUUAACUAAUCACAAGCGUAUUCAUACAGGUGAGAAACCAUAUUCCUGUGAUACCUGUGGAAGAUCAUUCUCUGAAAGCAGCAGCUUAACUAAACACAAGCGUAUUCAUACAGGUGAGAAACCAUAUUCCUGUGAUAUCUGUGGUAAAUCAUUCUCAGAAAGCAGCAGCUUAACUAAUCACAAGCGUAUUCAUACAGGUGAGAAACCAUAUUCCUGUGAUAUCUGUGGUAAAUCAUUCUCAGAAAGCAGCAGCUUAACUAAUCACAAGCGUAUUCAUACAGGUGAGAAACCAUAUUCCUGUGAUAUCUGUGGUAAAUCAUUCUCUGAAAGCAGCAGCUUAACUAAACACAAGCGUAUUCAUACAGGUGAGAAACCAUAUUCCUGUGAUAUCUGUGGUAAAUCAUUCUCAGAAAGCAGCAGCUUAACUAAACACACACGUAUCCAUACAGGUGAGAAACCAUAUUCCUGUGAUAUCUGUGGUAAAUCAUUCUCUCAUAGUGGUAGCUUAACUACUCACAAACGUAUUCAUACAGAAGAGAAACCAUUUCGCUGUGAUAUCUGUGGUAAAUCAUUAUCUAGUGACAGUAACUUAGCUAGACACAAACGUAUCCAUACAGGGGAGAAAUCAUAUCACUGUGAUAUCUGUGGUAAAUCAUUCUCUCAAAACAGUGGCUUAACUGAACACACACGUAUCCAUACUGGGGAGAAACCAUAUCACUGUGAUAUCUGUGGUAAAUCAUUCUAUCAAAGCGGUCACUUAACUGCUCACAAACGGGUUCAUACAGGAGAGAAGCCAUAUUCCUGUGAUAUCUGCAAAGAGUCAUUCCUAGAAGAAAGUAAAUUCAGUCAACACAAACAAAUUCAUACAGGGGAACAACCAUACAAAUGUGAUAUCUGUGGUAAAUCAUUCAGUCGAAGAGGUAGCUUAGCUACUCACAAACAGCUUCAUAUAGGGAAGAAACCCUAUCAGUGUGAUAUCUGUGGUAAAUCAUUCUCUGUUGGCAGUAGCUUAACUCGUCAUAAAUGUAUCCAUACAGGAGAGAAACCAUAUCACUGUGAUUUAUGUGGUAAAUCUUUCUCUGAAAAUGGUAGCUUAGCUCAACACAGAUGUAUCCAUACAGGAGAGAAACCUUAUCCCUGUGAUAUCUGUGGUAAAUCAUUCUCUGUUGGCAGUAGCUUAACUCGUCAUAAAUGUAUCCAUACAGGAGAGAAACCAUAUCACUGUGAUUUAUGUGGUAAAUCUUUCUCUGAAAACGGUAGCUUAGCUCAACACAAACGUAUUCAUACAGGGGAGAAACCAUAUUCCUGUGAUAUCUGUGGUGAAUCAUUCUAUCACAGAGGUAACUUUACUACUUACUCAAGGGUUCAUACAGGGGAGAAGCCAUAUCACUGUGACAUCUGUGAUAAAUCAUUCUCUGUUAGCAGUUUCCUAACUAGACACAAGCGUAUUCAUGCAGUGGAGAAAACCUCCCCGUGAUAUCAGUGGCAAAUCAUUCUAUCAAAGAAGUAACUUAACUACUCAACAUGGGUUCAUACAGAGGAGAAACCAUAUCAAUGUCAUGUCUGUAGUAGAUCAUUCUCUUGUACUUACUGCUUAGAUCAGUGGUUUUCGACCAGAGUUCCGUGGAACCUAAGGGUUCCGCCAGUACGGUCCAGGGGUUCCGCAAGAAGUUACAAAAAUGCUAAAAUCGACAGUAAUUUUUAAUUCUCCUGUGCAGAUAUGUGUGCAUAAGACAAUUAAAUUAUUGCACAGGGGUUCCUCGAGCCAUUGGAAUGUUUCCCUGUGGUUCCACUGCAGCAAAAAGGUUGAAAAGCACUGGCUUAGAUAUUCAGAAAUAUACCCAUACAGGAGACAAGGAAUACCACUGUGCCAUGUAUGGUAAAUCAUUCUCUUAGUAGUUGCCUAACUAAACAGAAGUGUAUUCAUACACUGGAGAAACCAUAUCACUGUCGUAUCUGUGGUAAAUCAUCAUCCUUUAAAAUUCAGUUAUUCAUGCUUCUGUCUAUCACACGGACUUCAUUGAUGGAGAUUCUCUUCACCCGGGUACCUUUCCUGUUGCCAAUCCCCAAAUGUUUCCAAGCAAGGAAACGUUUUCCAUGGUGAGACGUAUUCGACACAGAAGACUGGAAAUGACCAACUGCAUUUGUAUGACGGUCAUUUACAAACAUCACAUCUGGACAAGCGUACACACACACAUAUGUAUGUCUGGAGAAUUUCUUAUAGGAAAUAUUUUACAUGUUUUCUCUUCAUCUAAAAGUUUGUGAUUCCUAUUAGGAAAUGAAACACAUGUAAUGCUGAAUAAA